AAGCGAAAGGAGCCGCUGCUGCUGCAGCCAACUGAUUCCCAAACGCACUAGGAGCGACGUCGGCAUAAUUGCGGAAGGCAUUCUCACUCUUGAUCUCGCGCCGCCACGCUUCCCUUUCCCGCUAAUCGCGGUGGUUUUUGUCGUUCGAGGCCUGAACUGAGAACAAUCCGAACAUUAUAAAAGCCAGCUUACUGCCGCUUCAUAGGAGCACAUUAUUCACUUGACUUCGAGUCGUAACCUCCAUCCUCACGCUUUUUGCAAGAGCCGCCAAGCGAUACUCGACCAGUUCAGCUGAUAUUUCCAAGUUGGAACAAAUAGUACUAGUUCUGAAUUACGAGUGCCAGCGGUACUCGUAACGAGUCCAGCAGCAUGGCUCGCUUCUCUGCAUUCGUAACGCUCGCGGUUCUCAUCGCUUUCGUCCUCGCCCUCUCAUAUUCCACGCCUGCAGACGGCCGGCCGGUUAUUCGGUCGGAAGGUUCAGAACGCCCGACCGCUGGUGGAAUGAGGCGGGUGCUCAAGGAUCAUGAUGCGUGGAACAAACGCAAGGACGAGGAGAAUAAACGCAAGGACGAGGAGAAUAAGCGCAAGGACGAGGAGAAUAAGCGCAAGGACGAGGAGAAUAAGCGCAAGGACGAGGAGACUAAGCGCAAGGACGAGGAGAAUAAGCGCAAGGACGAGGAGAAUAAGCGCAAGGACGAGGAGAACAAGCGCAAGGACGAGGAGAAUAAGCGCAAGGACGAGGAGAAUAAGCGCAAGGACGAGGAGAAUAAGCGCAAGGACGAGGAGAAUAAGCGCAAAGGACGAGGAGAAUAAGCGCUAAGGACGAGGAGAAUAAGCGCAAGGACGAGGAGAAUAAGCGCAAGGACGAGGAGAAUAAGCGCAAGGACGAGGAGAAUAAGCGCAAGGACGAGGAGAAUCACCGUGGUGAUGAUGAGAACCACAAGGAUAAUGCUGGUCGUGACGAUAAUGGUGGGAGCAGUAGGAAGGGAUGCCUCAAGACGUACAAGUCCGAGAUGCAGUGGUGUAUGGUGCAGCCUCAGAAGUCCGAGUGUGAGGCGAAAGCUUACAAGGAGUUCAAGAAGUGCACGAGCGGCAACUGAUUCGGGUGCGAUUACGAGAGGGAGGAGCGCAAUGAGGGGUGGAAGGAAGUGCUACGACAGGAAGGGGGAGAAGUGCUGACAAAAAGUGCAAUUGGUUGUUGCCAUUGCCAUCAGGUAGCCUUGAAUAAGGUUGGGGGAGAGGUAACGGGGGAGAAUAAUGAAGUGCGAGGGACCAUGGCGUAUGUUAUUUCCUAUUUAUAU